GAGAGGGGCAGAGGCAGCGAGACAGAGGCAGAGAGGCUUCAAUCGUGAGGAACCAAAGAUCUCCCUGCCCCCCCUUUGCAUCUGCUCCUCAAGGAAAACCUGAGCAGUGUGUGGGAAAGAGACGAAAGAAAAGGAUUGCAAAGAACAUGAAAGAAAGACAUUGUCAUUAAGCGCACUAGGAAGUUCUCUCUUUCCCUCUCUUCCUCCGUCUCGCACCUCUCUCAAUUUCAUCUUAAAUCCACUCCAAUUUCCCCUGAAGGAUUCAACUCUCCCCUUUCCUCAGCGAGAGGCAGAAAAAGAAGGGGCCCAUUCCUCCUGGUAGGUAAACCAGGACUUUCCUCUUUCUCUCUGCUCCGCUUCCCUGCUCCCCCCCACUCCCCCUCGCUGCCUCCUCUUCACCAUGACGCUGCUGGCCUCUGAGAGGUCACUUCUCAUCCGGAACAAGUUCCGCUCAGUGCUGCAGCUGAGAAUUCAGAAUCGAAGGCUACAAGAAAUCAAUAGGGAUGCAGGGUUAAAAUCCUCCUGCCUCCCUCAAAACGGAGAGAAGGACCCCGGGGAAACUCAACGUCACACCGACAAUGAUGGGCGUCAGAAGUUGCCCCCUGGUGGUGUGAGCACUGAAACUGCACAAGAGAGGGCUGUUUGUGGGGGCCAGAGGCAGAGGAAGGCUCACCAGCCACAGGACCUUGCAGAGAGGAUUCGAAGUCCACCUGCAGACCGGCAGCAUGAACUUACACUUUCCCUGGAGAACUGUCCAACAUCCCUCCCCGCCAAUGUCUUCGAAGAUGACAUUUCCCCCUCCUCCUCAAUCGCCGAGCAAUGCGGUGCUCAAAAAUCACCAGCCAUUCCCUCAUUACCAGGACUUCCGUGUGACCAGUCACUAAGUGACUGUUCAGCCUCCAGUUUGGCGUUGCUCCCGGCAACCGUGGGCAUCAGACAACCUGUGAGUGUAGGACCAUGUGAGUCAAACUCUAUGGCAACAACUGGGAGACCAAAUGGGAUAUAUUUGACCUCUCAAACCACGCCUCUAUUGCCAAAGACAACACAGCCUCCCAGCCCCAUCUGCUCAUCAUCGCUGCCAUCUUCCCUGAACCUCAACCAUCUUUCACGUCCACGAAAACCAAGGGACACCAAACCCAAAAUGAAGAAACUUAAGUAUCAUCAGUACAUUCCUCCUGACCAGAGAAGGGGGACUGCAGUGGGAGGAGCCAAACAGAAGAGCCCUACCUCAAUGCAGUCCUUAGACCCAGCCUAUUCCCAUCUUCUGAAGCAGCCGCAGGUCUUCCUUCAGCUCCAGAUCCUGCAGAACCAACAGCAACAACAACUCACCGUUGUACCCAAUGGUGAGCCCAAGUCUUCUGGAGCCUUGCCACGAAAUCUCCAACCUGUCCCUGCAACAACAAACCACACUCCCACGGACAUAAACCCUGUUUCCAAGCCUGAGAUUCUCCCAUCCAAUCUGGUGGAUCUGACGGUAUCGGAGCUACGACAGCAGCUGCGCAAGCGCGGGCUUCCCGUCUCUGGCACCAAGCCGACGUUACUACAACGACUGUGUCCCUUCCAGCUUCAGCAUGCUUGCCUGAGCCCUGCUCCCUUAUCCCAACUGAGCUCCAGCCUGGACCCUCUCACUCUGAGCCCCCCUCGACCACCUAACCAGAGCCCUGGCUCCAGCUCCAGCUCUGGACUCGGCUCACCAAGCAGCAGCCCAAACCAACAGCUGUACAUCCAAGAUGGGGCAAUUCCUAAUGGGAUUCUCACUGUCGCUCCAAACACAGUUCCAAAUGGAACACUGAACACUGUCCCAAAUGCAUUUACAAAUGCUGCGACAGUUAGCUUGGCAGGUGAACAGUGUGAUCUCACCAGCACCGCCUUCAUGGCCUCCGCCAGCACGGCCUCAGGAACACCAAGUCCCAGUUUACCCAUGUCAUCGUCCUCGCUAUUGCAGUGUGGGACUCCCUGGAGGACGGAUAGCGAGCAGCAGCAGCAACAGCAGCAAGAGCUGAGUGUGGAGCUACAGAUGAGGGAAAGGAUACGCAGCAGGCCCAGGGACCGUUCCUUAAACUCUGGUAACGAGCAGCCUUGUGAGGGGUCCCUUCAUCCAUUCCUGCAACAGGAUCCUGGAUGCUCUAGGAGGAAGACUGAAGCACAGUCGGAGGCAUUGCUAAAUCAAGUGUUCUGCUGCCAGCCUUGUGACUUUAUUGACCGUGACUUUGAGCUGCCAGUGCAGAUCACGGCAAGUCCCGUUCAGACUGUUCCUAGUAUUCGCAGCUUGGAAGAAGAUCUACAAGAGGCUAUUCAGAGGGCACAGAUGGACCCUCCACAGUCAAUUGAUGACAUUCUAGAUGAGCCUUUUACUUGUGAUGGCUCUGUCAAUGUCUCUGAUCGUAAAUCCCCUGCCCACCUCUCCCCUGACCUUUCUGCCUCACCUCAAAGGGAGCAGUCCCAGUCGUCCCAGCAGCACAACACGGAGAGCAGCUUCUUGCCGUCUCCCCUUUGCUCUUCUCUCUUGCUGGAGCUUCCUCCAUCUCCCGCCGUAAUAAACCCCAACCAAGUUCUCCCGGGUCCUCCCCCUCUCCUCAUCUGCACCUCACCUUUACCAUCUACCGUGAAGUCCCGGAAACGAAGGGCUCCGACGACAUUUGAUGCUGCCGAUUGGCUGGAAACGCUGACAUCUGGCCUGCGCCCUGUUACUCCGCCCAAAGCUCCCUUUGUGGAGCCAGAUGUCAGCCUGGAUUCAGAUCUGAAUGUCAAUCGAGUUCUGGAUCUACUGAUAGAGCAGUGGUGAGGACGCGCCAGACCCCUGCACAUCGGAUGUUUGAAACCGUUUGUAUGUACAGUCGAGCCGUAUUUAAGUGUCACCAAUGGGAGAAGCUUUCUGUAUUUCACUAAGGGCACAAUGUCGUAAAUUUCUGUUGCUCCCCAUUACUGAUGGGCUGUCAGAGUUUCCGGCUCCACGCAAUGUCGAGAGCUGGGACCGCUGCAGCCGUGAGAUCAGACACAGCUUUUAAAGGAAGCACGUGCAGUGUACACCCACUGCUGUUCAAAGCACUAGGGCUCAGCCAGGAAAGGAAAACAAGCAACACAUCGGUGAAUUGACACACUCCGCAGCACAAUGUGUGGAGCGCAAAACAAAAGAAAACCUGACGGCGUAUUAAGUUAAACAUGCUCCCUGGCUGUGCUGGGAGAAUGCUGUUUCUGACUUAUCUCCAAAACCUGUUGUUGGAUUGGGUUGAGUGUGGCCCCUGGUGUUGACUCAAGUCAUUGAGUCCCAGUUAUUCAUAAAGCCCAUUCAGAGAGUGCAGCAGCUGGGCAGAGCACACAGCGUGUGUGUGGCUCCAGACCUUAACCCUGAUGCCAGACACACAGUCGGCAUGCAGGGGGAGAAAGCUGGCAGAACCCACAAACAAGACGGGUGCGAGAGCUUGAGCGUAUGCGUGCUUUUAGAAUGCCUGAUGAUGUGUGAGUGCGCACACAAGUCUUGCAAACAUACAACUGCUUCCAUGUAUCAGCAGAAAUGCCAAAUGCACUUGUAUUUAUUUGUUUGCUUCCAGUUACGGAUGUCAGUUUGUGAGCAGUGCGGCUGAUUUGCGGGGUGAUGAAAGAGAAAGAGGAAAGACUUUGGGUUUCUGAGUCCUUUUUUCAUUUCAGACAGUUUAUUGUGGAUCCACUGCCAGCAGGCAGCAGCCCUGUUGUAGUUUUCCCUGCGUAAUCAUCAGAACAACCACCUUACAUUGCUCAGGUCGCCGUUCUCCAGACGUGCAAUCAGGGAAAAAGUAGCUCCUACACAAAUGCACCAAUCAGCUGAGUGAGCUUCCUCGCCACUUUGCAAAACCAGGUGGUCCUUUUUUCAGUGAUUAACCCCUAGCAGUGUCUGGCCCCUGUUGGAUGUUUACCUCCAUACUACCACGGCCAGUUUUAGCAUGAAAUAUGACCCCAAAACAAGGCCACACCUGCUCACUUUGUAUAAAUUAAUUUGGAGCCUGACAUUGCUAAGCAGCUGUUGGAUUUGAUCUGAAUACAAAACGACUGAAAAAGACUGUAGUGGGGUAAAAAAAAAAGGAAGUUUUAUAUUUUCACAGAUGGAUUGGUCAAAAUCAAUCAAGUAUUAGCAUGUUAGCAAUCACUUCUGUGUGUAAAAAACGUAUAAGAGCAGCAUAUACAAGAAAAAAUAAAAAAAAUCACAAUUUAAAAUCAGUUACAUUCUUAAAAAUUACUUGAUUUAUUUAAAUAGUGAAACUAUAUUGAACAAUAUCCUAAAAAUCUACACUUUUAAGGAAGGAGUUGCGUGUAUGGACUCAGAAACUUAUCGUCUGUCUUCCUUUUGUCUCCUUUUAAGCCACAGUCAGUUUGAUAUCUCUGGCUUUUCUGUAGUCUGAUGAUGAGUCUACAAAAUGACAGAAAUGAUAGAAAAAAUAUCCUCUUUCUAUCAAAGAUCCUUGUAUAGUUUCAGUAUUAAAAAGCAAAAAUAAAUAUUAAAAAAAAAAGAAAAAAAAUACAAAAAACAGGUAUGUGUAAAAUGAUGACAAUGAAAAUCAUAGCCAUCAUUUAACACUACUUGUUGCAAUAAAAAAAUAGAUAAAAAAGAAAGAAACAAAGAAAAUUGUUAGGCAGGAGAGUAACAUGCUACCUCCUGUGACUUCCAGCGCUUUGGGGCUGACACUUGUUUUCUUUAUUUUUUAACAUUUUCCACUGGAGCACAGCUUUCUGAGAGACGCCCGACACGGUUUAACUGCUGAAACGCUUCAUAUUAAAUGGAGUUUGAAACAUCACCUGGAACCGCCGGAGUGUUUUCGAUGUCUGUGAUUCAAUUGGCCACUUUGCUGCUAUAAAUGCUUUAUUAUUCAAACUUGAGAAAACAUGUCAUGUGUUUGCUUUUAUUUAUUAUGUAUUAUGUUCAUGCAAAAGACACCAAUUUUGUUGAAAAUGUAUUUAAAAGCAUUAAGAAAAUUAAAGUCUUAAUAGAUUU